UGAUAUGCAUGCUUACAUAUGUAUAUUUAAAGUAAAAAUUCUGACACUUGCCAUUCAUAGAAGAUAGUUGAAUCUACUAAAUACAUACCAAAGCAAUAUUUUUAUCAUACAACGCCAAAUUAAAUCUCUUGUAAUGCACAAUUAUGGAAACACUUUUGUGCGUGGACCUUCACCAUCCUACACUGAUGAUGCAACGUCGGAGAAUGGCAUGUCGGCCACCCUUCCUUUGGAGUCAGAUCUGAACAUACAAUCCGAUGUUGACAACUGCAUAGACAAGAAAUUCCAUUGCACAUAUGAUGCUGGACAGAGUGGUGCUAUCAAAAAAAGUCGCAAAACUUUCGCCUUUUGGACGAUCUUCCUUAUACUGCUAGCACUCACCAUAGGCAAUCUUAUACUUAUGCUGAUAAUAUUCGCAGUGAUGCAUCUUGGUCGUGGUAUUAAUGGACUAGAGAUAAUACCUGAACACGAUUUGAUUAAGUUUUACGGUUACACCGAUUUAGAUCGUGUAUACAGUAAGCAAACAGGACGCAUUGAAGGUUUCAUUGAUGAUCCGGUUACCAUAAGCGGCGAUGAUGGUGUCUAUGUGCGACUUCAUAAGAAUGGUCAGGCUUUCAAUCGCUUGACAUUGGACAAAUCCGGCAUACAGUUUCAAGCGGUUAACAAUUUCGAGGUGAAAGAUUCGACCAGUGGUGAUACUAUCUUCACAUCGCACCGCCCACACUACAAUAUCCCAGCUGGUGCGGAAAGUUUACUGGCAAAAACGGUAAGCGCCAGCCGCAUAGCAAGUCCCAUCGGUAGCGCAUUGAAUAUUGAUGCAGAUGUGGGUAUUGCAUUCAAAGGCUCUGAGGGUAUCUCAUUAGAUGCUGCAAAUGUGCUGAUACAGUCACUUUCCUAUGACAUGACUGUCAAUUCAACCGAAGGACUUAUCGUUUUGGAGGCUGGUGACGGCAUCUACUUGGAUAUGGAUAAAAUACCAAUUGUCAGCUCUGAAUUCGGUCUGCGUACUGGAAGUAUUCAAUAUAAAAUAUGCGUUUGCAUGCCGAAGGGUAAUCUUUUUCGAAUACCAGUACCUAGAAUACGUAGUGGACCCAAAGUAACAUGUGCCCAUUUCAACGUAAAACAUGAUCCGUGUACUUAAAUUUACUAAGUGCAUAAAAUAUUGAAUAUAAUGCAUGUUUAGAAAUUAAUUACAAUUAUAAUGUUGCAUAUCAUAAUUACUCAUAUAAACAAAGUAAAAUUAUCGAAACUUAAUAUUGUCCACAAUAAAAUGGAUAUUCGAAAAAUA